AUGCCACCAAAAGGACGCCGAAGUUUGAUGCGCUGCGUGACACGGACGCUAGCACGCACUGUCAGCGGUGUCGUACCGACGGGAGGCCGUCAGUCGCCUUAUACGGCAGCUGGCGUGGAAGGCGGUUUGGCUUACGACAUCGAGAUCGACCGAGCUCGCUCAAGCUCGCUCAAAGCCGAAGUGUCUUCCGACGGCACCCGCGCGCUCACUGAGUACUGCAGGGAAGGCGGUUCGAGGUGGAAAGAGGCGGCAAUCUUGCAUCCAUCUGAUCCAACCGGCGUCGCGGCGUCGAUCGGGAAAGACUUUUUCUGA